AUGAAUAAGAAUGAUGGUGACCGAUUCGGUCUGAUGAUUGGAGAGUCGACUGGCCCUGGUUCUUUCGAGUGUGACUCGUUCUGGAGUGCCUGUCCUGGGCGAUCAUCACAUGAUGUGCAUGCUCCCCUCUAUAUGAGGGAGUGUAAAAACGUAGCAUCACCCUAUAUAUUUUAUGUACUGAGGAAGUCUUGGAACAAUUGCAAGUCUCCAACUACUCGUGAUAAAUGCAAUAUUUCAUUAGUUCUUAUGGUAGAGAAUGUGUUAUUGUUAAUGGGUUCACAUUUGCACAUGGGCAUUGAUGCAAGGUGCCCACGUCUGAAGCAUCUAGUCAUGCCUGCAUGGAACAGAAUAACGAAUAUUGGAAUAUGUAAAUCUAUUCGCAUGUGGGAAGACCUCAAGUGAUUGACGAUGCCUAGCAUAUGAAACACUUCAUAUCUAAUCGAGGAAAUUGCCAAAAAUUGCAAGAAAUUUGCCGAACUGAAGAUCAUGGGACCGUGUGACAUUUACUUUGCAUCGAUACUCGCUGCAUUCCUCCCGAACUUAAAAGUCUUAAGCAUUCGGUGCUUUAUGAUAUAUAAGGAGACCCUUAACAUUAUCUUGGAUGAGUUGAAAGAGUUGGAAGUACUAAACAUAUCUCACUGCAUACUUAUCGAACGCCCUCCACCUUUACCUCGAAGAGUUCUUAAGGAGAUUGACAAAUCAAUUCUUCAUAAAACUAGGAAGCUGCACAAAUUUUUAACAUGCAUGAGUGACUCGUGCCUGACGUGCCAGCGCACGAGGAAUGACGGAGGGCUGAUGAGGUGGUACAAGUAUGAAGCAGAUUUCUGGAAAUUAGAUGAAGUGAAAUCUCUUGCAAUUUGA